AUGGAUUUUCACGGUGAAAUCGAACGAAAUAUGCUGGAAAAUGAGGUAAGAUUGAUUUUCAACCAUUUUUUAAAUUUAAUAGCGAAGAAAAUUCGAUGAAAUCACUGAAAAUCUAGAUUUUGUUGAAAAUUCUGUUUUCAAAGCAAAAAAAUCGGUUUUGAGAGCUCAAUUUUCUCCAAAAUCUCGAAAAUUUCCUUUAAAAGUGUUAUUCACAUUUCACGCCUUUUCAAAAAUAAAAAAAUCUAAAAAUAAUUGUUUUUCCCCAGAAAAAUACGUGUCCUAAAAACCAGCCACGUAUUCACCAAAAAAAACCAAAAAUCCAAAAAAACCCGCUCAUUUUUCUAUAUCCCAACUCAACCAAACGGUUUCAAACCAGAUAGAUUUAUCAAAUUUUAUUCUUAUCAAAAAAAAAAGAGCCGAAGGAGCCAAAAAUCAAUAAUAUAGUCAAAAAUGAGCAAAGAACAACAAGAUCGUGGAAGAUCGGUGAUGGGUGAAAUUGUUUCAGCCGACACAAUUUCGGUUGGUAUAACUACACCAACAAGUCACGAGGAGCAGGAUUGGUAUCACGGACUUUUGCCGAGAGCUGAUAUUAAUUCGUGGGUUUUUUAAGCAAUGUUGUUGGACGCGUCGCGGUCACGCGCUGCGUGUCUUCUAAAAUUCUUUCAUUCACGCAAAAAUGCACAAAAGUUCUCUUUUGGCAGCUUUCCAAUUUCCAAGCAACUGCAGCAAAGUUGCUCUAUUGCACAAUCAGUUUUUCUUGGGACGCGUUGCGGUCAUGCGAUGCGUGUUUUCUCGAAGAAUGAAACACGCAUCGCGUGACCGCAACGCGUCCCGGAUUUCGAUAGAAAAAUGAUUGUGCAAUAGAGCAACUUUGCUGCAGUUGCUUGGAAAUUGGAGAGCUUCUUCAGACGACACGCAGCGCGUGACCGCAACGCGUUGAUGUUUUUGGCGGCAAAUUUGAAAAUCUGAUUUUCUGCACUAAAAAUUAACCAAAAGAUGGUUAAAAUUGAAAAAUUGUGAAAAAAUCAUGGAGAAAUGGAAAAUUUCUGAAUUUUCACCCAAAAUUCUCCAAUUUUUUUCCAGAAUCCUGAUAAAUGAUGGCGAUUUCAUUGUCCGAAAAUCACACCGAAACACGGAAAAAGACAAGGAAAAAGACAGUGUUCAACUGGUUUUAUCAGCAAAAUACAAAGGAAAAUGUCAUCAUUGGCAAAUUGCUGAAAACAAGGAUGGAAGUGUGAUUUUGGAUGAGAAGAAAUUUGCAAAUGUUUGUGAUAUGAUAAAUCAAUUGAGAUCGAAGAAGUUGCCAGUUUCAGCAAAUUGUCCAGCAAUUUUGAUAAAUCCGAUUAUGAAACAGGAUUGGGAAUUGAGACAUGAUCAAAUUUGUUUGGAGAAAAUGUUGGGUGAAGGAGCUUUUGGUGGGGUUUAUAAGGCAGUUUUUUGUUUGAAAUCAAAGAAAUUGGCGGUGGCUGUGAAGGUGAGUCGGAAACACAAAAAAUCGAUAGUUCUAUAGAGCGAACUUUCAUUUUCCAUUCAAAAUCACAUACGUAAAAUAAUAAAAAAAUCAAAAAUUAUAUUUCUUCAGAGGAAUUUUUGAAACAGUAAUUUUUUUGAAAAAUUUAAUUUUUUAAAUCUAAUAAAUUUUAUAGUUUUCAAGAAAUUCGAAAAUUGCCUAAAAAUGCGAUAGUUCAUUAGAGUGCACUUGCAUUUUCCGCUCAAAAUUUUGAAAAUAUGGGAUUACUAAAGCAGUUCUAAUUUUCAGUGAAAAAUUUUGUACAAUUUUUGAAACAGGGGAUUUUUUCCAGUAAAAAAUUUUCAAAAAUAAUACAUUUUUAAUUUUUUUAUUUUUUGAAACAGUGAUUUUUUUUCGAAAAAAAAUUGAAUAAAAUUCAGAUUUUCUUUAAAUUUUGUAAAUUUUAAAGGAAAACGCCUUGAUCAUCAAAAAGAAAAUGUUUCCGAAGUUUUCAAAAAUUUCUGAAACAGUAUUUUUUUUCAAAAAAAAAAUUGAAUAAAAUUCAGUUUUUCUGUUAAUUUUGUAGAUUUACACGAGAACGCCUUGGAAUCAAAAAGAAAAUUUUUUCUCAGUUUUCAAAAAUUUUUGAAACAGUGAUUUUUUCUGAUUACAAAAUUCAAAAAUUUCAGAUUUAGAAGCUUAAAAAGCCCGAAAAAUGCAUUUGUUUUCGCAUUUUUGAUAUCUGUGGUUUUAUAUUAUGAAGUUACAGAAAUAUCGAAUUUCAGCAAAAAACACUGUUUCAAAAAUUCUAGAAAAAUUUGGAUAAUUUUUUCGAUCGUUUUGAGGUUCAUUCUGUGAAAUUUUAAUUAACAGAUUUCUGAAAAAAAUCACUGUUUCAAGAGAUUUUCAAAAUUUUGUUUUACAAAUGAGGACUAGUUUUUUUAACAAACUUUUCACAUCAGAUUUGUUUUGAACGAAAGUUCAAUAGGAAUCUGAUAGUUUCAUAGAGCACAUUUUUUGAAGAAUUCUCUAUUCUCAUUUGAAAAAUGCGAUAGUUCAUCAGAGCGCACUUGCAUUUCCCGUUCAAAUUUUGAAAAAAGAUCACACCUCGGCCAAGCCGUGGCUGGCCAGAGUACAAUUUUUUGAAAAAUCUGAAUUUCAGUUUUUAGAGGUCAAAAAUUGAAAAAUCACAAUUUUUAGAGGACAAAAACUGAAAAAUUCACAAGUUUUGUACUGUAAAAAGUAAGCGUACAAUUUUUUAUUGUGGAAACCACGAUUCUGGCCGAGGUGUGAAAAAGAUGUAAUGUUUUUGGUAUUGGUUUGAAAUAUGCUUUCUGAGAUUUUAUGAAAUUUUUGAAACAGUAGUAUUUUUCAAAAAAAAUUAAAAAAUUCAAAUGUUCUGUUAAUUUUGUAAAUUUAAAAGAAAAACGCCAACACACAGGUGCCUGACCAAAAUUUGGUGCAUUUUUGACCAAAAAGUUUUUUUUGGCAAAAACUAUUUAGUAAAAAUUUGGCCAUUUUUUUAAACAAUUUCUGAUCAAUUUUUUGACUAAAUCUGAUUAUAAUUACAGGAUCAAAAAACAAUUUUUUUUUCUAAAAUUUUCAAAAAUUCCUGAAACAGUAGUUUUUUUUUCAAAAAAAAAUUGAAAAAAAUUCAGAUUUUCUGUAUCUUGUAAUUUUUGUUUACAAACUCGAAAUUAUCUAAAUUGUUUUUUUUUCUUUUUUUCUCAGUUUUCAAAAAUUUUUCAAACAGUGAAUUUUCUUUAAUUCAAAAAUUUCAGAUUUACAAACUUAAAUGUCGUGAAAAAGCCCGAAAAAUUCAAUUUGUUUGCUUUUUUGAAUUCUGUAAUUUUAUAUUAUAAAGUUACAGAAAAUUUGAAUUUUACCAAAAAAAAACACUGUUUCAAAAAUUUUAGAAAACUUUGGAAAAUUUUUUUGAUGGUUUCGGUUUCAUUCUUUGUUCGAAAAAUUAUAGUUUGAAAAUAGAAUCCAAUGUUUCAAGAAGCUAUAGCAUUCCUCAUUUUGAAAGCCAAAUUUUUAACAUUUUUUGAAACAGUGGAUUUUUUCUAGUAAAAUUAUUAUUCGAAAAAUUUCGCAACUGAAUUUAUUGGAAAUUCUCUGAGAAUUUAUGACAUUUUUGAAACAGUGAAAAGAUGUUUGCCAUGUUUUUGGAAAAAAUGAAAUUUUUCAUUUAUAAAAAUUACUGUUUCAAAAAUUUUAGAAAAAAAUGUAUUUCUUCAUUACUUCGUUGUUGGGUUUUAAAUCUUUCGAAUGGAAAAUGCAAAUGCGCUCUAUUGAAAUAUAGGAUUCAUUUUUUUUGAAACUAAAAAAAUCAGAAAAAUGCAAGUGUGCUCCAAUGAACUAUAGAUUUUUUGAAGAAAAAUUCAAAAUCCCACCAGUUUGUUUUUCAAAAUUCAAUUUUCAGGUGAACAAAGGCAAUGAUAAAAUGAGUACACGUUCAAUGAUCGAAGAUGUUUGCAAAGAAGCUCGAAUAAUGCGACAAUAUCAACAUGCAAAUGUCGUCAGUUUCUAUGGUGUUUGUGUGGAAAAAGAGCCAAUUAUGUUGGUGAUGGAAUUGGCGAAUCAAGGUGCACUUGACUCAUUUUUGAAGAAUUCGUCAUCGAAAGAUGAAAUCACAUUAAGAGAUAAAUUGAAAUAUUCAUUUGAUGCUAGUAAAGGAUUGGAAUAUUUGCAUCAAAAUGGAUGUAUUCAUCGAGAUGUGGCUGCUAGGAAUUUUUUGGUGCAUAAAGGAGUGGUUAAGAUUACGGAUUUUGGAUUGUCGAAACAAUUGUCGGAUCAUGCGCAUAAAUAUAAGCUGAAGGUGGGGGAUUUUUUUGGGGAAAAAUUAUAACAUGAGCAAUCUUUAGUUUUCAAGAAGAAUAGGAUUUUCAAAGCUUCUCAAUUUUUGAUGAAAAUAUGAAAUUUUAAAAUUCAGGCACUAUUUUUAGUCCCAAAAAAUUACAGUACCUCGGAUUACUGUACCUGAAAUUUUCAAAAUAUCAUUUUGGCAAUGAAUUAAAAUUUUUUGAUUUUCGGAAUUUUUAAUUAUUUUUUGAAACAGUGGAAAAUCCCUAAAAUUUUUCCAUCUCAUAAUUUCAUUAGAAAAGUUGUUUGGAAUUCAAAUUUGACAUAAAUUUCUCAGCAAUCCCUGAAAUGGAAAUUUAAAAAAAAAUUUUCCAACAGCAAAGAUAUCGAUUAUCGAAGAUUUUAUUAUUAUAGGAAUUUCUAGAAAAUUUGAAACAGUGAAUUUUAUUUGGCUUAAAUAAUUGUUAAUAAAAAAUCUUCGAUUUCCUGGAAAUUUCUGGAUUUUUUGAAACAGUCAAAUUUUGAAAAAAAAUAAUUUUGUAAAAAAUUUCAAAUUUUGCAAUUAUUUCUGCUGUUUUGUAUAAAUUUUUGCAUUUUUAUUCUCUGGAUUUUUUGAAACUGCAGAAUUUUUUCCUAAUUAGGUGACGAUAGAAUUAAAAAUUGUUGUUUGUCUUGAAAUUUCUGGAUUUUUUGAAACAGUGAUUUUUUUCUGUUUAAAAAUUAGCUAAAAUUCAGUUUUUUCAUUAAUUUUGGAAUUUAUCUUCAAAAGCGGGACCAGAAGAAUUAGAAAAAAAUUCUCAAAAUUUUUUUUUGAUGGAUUUCUGAAACAGUGAAUUUUGAUUUUUCCCAAGAUCUAGACUGAAAUUUCCAGAUUCUAAAAAUCUUUUUAAAAAUUUUUAUGAUAUGAGCAAUCGUCUAAAAUUUUAUGAGUGAAUCUGCGAAGACUAUGUAUAUCAUUAACAAUUAUAUUUUUCAAAAAAAAAAUUAUCAGGUUUUUGAAACAGUGAAAUUUUUGAGAGAGAUCUGAAUUUCCCAAAAAAAAUCCCUGAAUUCAUUAUUUCUCAGAAUUUCCACUAAUGUUUUCCGAUCCUAUGAUUUCAUUGAAAAUUCACAAGCAAAAUUAUACUUUUACAGAUUUUUUGAUGAAUUUUUGAAACAGUGAAAUUUUUUGCAGGAUCUCCACCAAAAACUACCAAUUCGCUGGCUUGCCCCAGAAGUUAUCGUAACUGCCACAUAUUCCUUCAAAUCCGAUGUUUUCUCAUUUGGUAUUCUUCUCUGGGAAAUCUUUAUGGAUGGUGCAAUUCCAUAUCCUGGAAUGACAUUGGCUGAAGUGAGCAAAGAAGUUCGAAAAGGAUAUCGAAUGUCGCCACCCGAUAAAAUGCCAAUGAUUUGUCGAAAUAUAAUGACGGCACAAUGUUGGCCACAAAAUCCGGCAGAUCGAGAUAAUAUGAUGGAAAUUCGACAAGCUAUUGAAGGAGUUUUGGAAGGAAGACAGAAUCAGAUGGCUAGAUCUGCUUAUGUUAGAUAUAAUUAG